AGGAGACCAGCCCAGGUGAUGCCUAAAAAUUUGACAGGUCCAUGAUUUUGUCAACACUGUUAUCUUCUCCCGUCUAGUGUUGUGGUUAACGUUUACAAAUAUGGAUAGAAUCAAAGGGCAGUGCCCAGUGAAAACAAGUUUUGAUGUUUUUUUAAUUUGACACAUACGGGAUCAUCGUAUAAGAUUGCGAAAAAUUGAAACCGCGUAGCAACGGGCGACGAGCCAACACCUGGGGGUCCCAACUGACGACGGUUGCUAUGGCCCAAGGAGUCAUUGCCAUAGUGAUAACUUUUAUUUCGUGAGUGUUCUAGAUGUAGUUCUUUUUUCGUUUUAGUACACGUGCCUAUCCUUGAAAUGGAAUCCUUCGAUCCCACGUGUUGGACCGAUGGUACAACACACAAUUGAGAGACUAUUUUUGAGAGCGACGAAAAAGAUUUUUGAGAACGAACGAAGAAGUUUGGACCGGUUAUGGGAAAUAUCUCGGGUUACUCUGUCCAAUUGUGAGUGGUGGAUAAGUCUGGGCAAAUCAGUGCCAAGUUGCUCAGUCGUUGGCUGUACACCCACACGGUUACAACUUGGGGCUAUUUCGAUUGUUAUCCCAAAGGUGUAAAUUUAGAUAAAAAAUGAAAUUUGAUUAUGACAUUCAUGAGAAUUGGAACUCGACGUUGAGGAAGACGAUGUCUUUUGACAACACCUCGAGCGAAUUUUCCCAGCAGAGCGUCGUGUUCGCCAUGGAAAAGUUUUCGAGGGCCGUGGCCAAUAUGGACGAAACGGUGAUGGUGCCGUGCAAGCUGAUGGACGUCCCGGUGGGCAGCGAUCCCGAACUGGACACUCGCGUGCCACGUCGUUCACGAGCCAUGAUUCGCGAUAUGCAAUCGGCCGAUUUGCACAGUCUCUACACGAUGCUCAAUUCAUUGAAAAACGAAUUGAUUUGGGGCAAUCGCACUUGCACCGACAACAGCAGCAGCAGCGCCAACAACCAAAAUAGCAGCAGCAGCAACAACAACAGUCAGAGAUCUAGCAGCAUGGUUAGACGACCGUCUGUUAAUUCCAUGACUUCGAUGGCCUCUUCUUCCUCUUCAUCAACGACGUCAUCUUCAUCCUCAUCAUCUUCUUCUUCUUCUUCAUCAUCAUCUUCUUCUUCAUCUUCAUCCGGCACGGGGGCCAGUUACAGCGACAGCGACUCCGAGUCGGGGUUGAUGGAUCACGAGAGCAGCACGGAAGAUUCCGGCGUUGAACGCGAGCCGGAUGGUGAGGAGUGCGUUGAACGGAUGGCCGAUCAAUUCCGCCGGCACUUGCUCGGCCUUCAUCAGUGUUUGGAACACAUGGCCGACGCCGCCAAUUAUCUCACCCACCGCUACCACGUCGAAAUCGGAAGUGCUGAUUGAAUUUUUGGCAACAACAACAACAACCACGUAAUAAUAACAACAACAGUAGCUGCCUUUCUUAUUUGACGGCGUUUCCAUAAUUCGCGUUUCUCUACCCCACAACAACAUCUGUCUCAAACAUUUAUUAUUCAUUAAUUCAUUAAAAAAUGUACACGAUUAUUUCCGCUUA